CUUUUUUUUUUUUUCUUCAAUCCUUCCUCCACAGCCCGCCUUCGCUUUCGUUUUCGCUUCCUUUUUCAUACCUUACGUUUGCAAUAGCAACAACCAUCAGCAUCUAUGGCAUCUGUAAUAGUCUUUCCAAACGUGACUACACACCGCAAGUUGCCACAUCUUUCCAGAGAAUCUAAGGAUCCCAAGGUAGAGACCAAGGACACAAAGAUAUCGCGGGAGAAUCUACCUGUUCUCUUUGACCACAACAUGGAUCCAUUGUCUGCACGCGACCAUGCUCCACUUACGCCUCCGGGGCCUUCAUCUUCAUCUCCUGGCGAACGUAGUAAGGGCUUCGUACCUUCUGAUGCAUCAUCACUAUCGUUAAAAAGCCCCUCAUCAGUAAGCCUAUGCAAUGACAUCAGCCAUACCAAUGGACAAAACCUUUUAUCAAACACUGCUGCCUCUGAGAGCAAGAGUGCUUUGACCACCACUGGUCACAAUCAGGGCAGUGGCGAUGGUUUUACAAUGGAUGAUAAUUUUAGCAAAAGGGGAUCAAUAAAAAUUUCAAAGCCUAACAGCGCAUCAGCCAAGAAUUCGGCGAUGGCAACAUCACCACUAUCAAGGCGAGCAAUUAGGGCCGGACUAUCUGAUGUCAAUCCUGCUACUGCUACACCAAUGCCGCACCCUUCCAUUCUUAAUUCCAACUCUGCGGCUACAGCAGCAGCACCAGAGCGAGGACAGCGAGGGGUGCAGGGCCAUGAGGACGCUGCUGUUGCUACUGUUGCUCAACAAAUAAAUCAUGACAACAAUGCUCACCACCAACAACAACAACAACAACAACAACAACAACUCCAUCCCUCGGACGGACCACAUGGUCCGAACUCAUCAGCUUUGUCGCUGCCAUUGUCUGUCUCCACGACCCCGCCUUUAGAGGUACUAUCUUCGUCAUUGUCGCCACCCGAGUCCAAAACAAUGAGGAUUGCGCUCUACGAUGCAUUUGGAUGUCUGUAUCAUCCUAUUCAGCACACACACCAUCACGCGUCAUCAUCCUUUUCUUCCUCAUCCUCAUUAUCGUCCAUGUCCUCGUCCACAGCAAUGUCGUACGGAAGACUCUCGAAUGCUUCUUCCUCUUCUACUUCUUCGGGCGUGACUGUACCAUCGGACGAGACGAUACCUUUGAUCGGGAUCUCGCCUCGAAGUUCCCCUAUGCUCCGACCCCAUUUGGGGCCCUCAGCACCCAUUACACCCCUGGAUCUCUAUGCUGAGGGACAUGUAGGAGAGGGAGGGUAUUUUGGAUCCAAGAACGGCUCAAUGUCUUCGCCGCCGCCCAAUGGGCUCAACCGAUCAGGGUCUUCGAGACAUCUCUAUGUACAUCACUCUCAUAAUCACCAUCCCCAUCACCAUCCCUAUUCUUACUCCCAUCAUUUACACCAGAGUAUGGAUUCAGCCAAGACUUUGAAAAGUAGAGGGUCCUCGUUGGAUUACAAUCUCAACCCAACGGAGCAUCCGGUGCUGUGUUCGUUACAGAUGCUCAGUUUGACACAUCCCCAUCCUCCAGAACAUUACCACCCACAUUUGGGACAUGACCUUGGACAUGAUCGCGUUUCGAUCACGUCCUCCAGCACAUUGUUUGAAAAGCAAAGUUGAUUCAGUAAAUAGCACAGACUGGGCUGAUGCGCACACACCUAGAG